CCCCUGUAGCAGCUGCCAUUUGAUCCCAUGCUUUGGCUUUGAAUGGAGCGCCCUGAGAAUGCCAGAUGUUGUGAACAAAGGUCUAAAAAUAAUCUAUCCAGUGAUCAUUCAAGGGGAAUAUGUGCCUCGUGGGUACACGAGAUGGGAGAACCUGAUCUGUCUUUGAACAAGAAAGUUCAACAGCAGCUCCUGGCUCCUGAUUCUGGGCUCCAAAACUUUUUUUGUUUGUUUAUUUUUUGCCUCCCAGAAGCUGUUCAGCAAAGAGUCGUUUGCUUCAGCAGUCAGCUCUCUCCCUCCCUCUGAUUUGUCUGGCGCCUUGAAAGCUGGGAUCCGUAUUUUCUUAUUUCUCAUCAGGAACAUGGACUCCAGCAGCAAUAGCCUGGGGCCCAAGCUGCAUUUCUGCAAAAAGAUCUUCACUGCAGCCUUGUGUGUCUCAGUCUUACUCGCAGAAUCCGGCUUGGCAAAGAAUCUUUGGAAACGUGCCCUCCACCUGAAACUGGCCGAGAAGUAUGAUGAUUAUGAGUACCCUCUUCAUUCUCACAGCGCCCACUACCAGAAGAAUGACCGCUGCCCUCCACCCCCGCAGACUUUACCAGAGCGAGCAUGUGAGGUGCCCAGCUGCCGUUCAGAUUCUGAAUGUGAAAGACACAAGCGUUGUUGCUACAAUGGGUGCAUCUAUGCCUGCUUAGAAUCAGUACAGCCACCUCCAGUUUUAGACUGGUUGGUGCAGCCGAAACCACGUUGGCUUGGAGGAAACGGUUGGUUGUUAGACGGACCAGAGGAAGUUUUACAAGCGGAGGCCUGCAGCACCACUGAGGAUGGGGAUGAGCCUCUGCAUUGCCCUACAGGAUACGAAUGCCACAUCAUCAAUCCUGGCAACACAGCCGAAGGAAUCCCCAACAGGGGUCAGUGCAUCAAGCUACGAGGAAAUCCCGAUGGACGCAACCUAAGGCAUAAAUAUUACAAGGAGUAUUUUGGGAGUAAUUCCAAUAACGUACUUGGCUACAUAAAACAACAGCAGAAGCACUUAGGAUAGCUUGGAACAGGACCGUGCAGCCGAAUUUUGGGAUUCUCAAACAUUUCAAAACAGCAUAGAGCCGAAGAUUAACACAUUCAUGUCCAUGCAUUGUAUACAAUUAUAGUAAAUGCCCAAAUGUUUUAUACUGCCCAUCUAGGGCCCAAGUCUAAGGCAGCCACAUCUGAUCCGGAAUGAGAAAACGCAGAGACCGGUAGUUUAGAAGAAGACUGCAUUGGAACCCAAUCUUGCAAACUCUUAGGCAUAGGAAUAACCCCACUGAAAUCAGUGAAAAGACCUUCAGGGACUUCAGUCGGUUUUUGGGUCAGGCUCAUAUGUAAGAAUUUGCAUUAUCAGCCAAUCUGUCCCACACUGGUGGUGUCUUUAUCUUUCAGAAUCAGAUGCAGCUGCAUUAAAACAACAGGGACAAAAUGAAUCAGUUAACUUUUCAUUCGGCCUAUGUGAGGCCAAUUGCUGAGGUUACAUGGUUGGGUAAGAAUGUGUUCUAUGCAAACACCACAGCACUGAUAAACAUUUAAAUUCCUUUUUUUUUUUAUUAUUUGAUUUUCAUUCAGUGGGACCUAACUAUUAAGGAGCUUUUAAAGAAAGCUAUAUCCAAUAGUUGUCUGGUUCAGAUGAAUUGCAGCCCUCAGUCUCCAGAAACAGCUUUUCAGCAUCUUCCUGAUCUCUGCAAGUUGUUGAUAAAAGACCUGCAUGGUGCAAGAGCAGCUAUUCUAGAACUCAGCCCUGUGAAGAGUGGGAGAAAUCCAUUCCUUUGAAGGCAGCUGUAGUGUUUAUGAGCAGCACCUUUACCACUGGAACAGAUAACCAGUCUGAUCCACAAUUUCAUUUCAGAUCUAUAUCAGCACAGUACACACUACAGUGCACAUUAGGGGACUGAGUCUGAUUUCGCUCACGUAGGUGUAACUCAGGAGUGACACUGGUAUAAAAAUGGUGCACGUGGGUUUAGAAUCAGGCCCUAGAUAUAAACAACCAGCUUGAUUUUUCUAAUAUAUGUGUGCUGAACACAAUCAGUGACUUUCAUACUGCACGUACAUCACAUUAACAGAACUCAGAGGUCUCUUACCCAUAAGGAAAUGAAUCGACUGGUAGCUUAUGCAUGACAAUAGUAUGAAUGACUUUAAUAUGUUCACUCAAGAAAAUGGGCCAAAUGUGUCUCUGUUGUGUCACCAUUGAAAUCAGUGGAAGCUACACCAAGGAUGAAUUUGCCCCAGUGAACAACUAUCCUUUUAUGACUUAGUCUACAAGGUAAUCUAUGUAUUUAACAACGAGGCUGGAAAUGGUCUACCAUGGUGCUCUGUCUGAUAUUCCCUUAAGUACUACAGUAUAUGCAAAUGUUUAUCCUUCCCCUAGAGUUUGGAAUCCCUAUAUGGUAAAGGGAAAGUUAAAAAUACUGAGCAUUUUUUACAUAGUUGCUUUCUGUUUAUUUGUUUGACCAGCAAAAAUGGUCAGGUUUUACAAAAUUUCAUUCCAGUGUUAGACUCAGAGACUUUGAGGUCAGAAGGGACCAUCGUGAUCACCUAGUCUGACCUCCUGCACAUUGCAAGCCCCAGAACCCCACCCGCUCCUGAAAUAGACUCCUAACCUCUGACUGAGUUACUGAAGUCCUCAAACCAUUGUUUAAAGACUUCAAGUUACAGAGAAUCUACCAUUUAUUCUAGUUUAAGCCAGCAAAUGAUCCCUGCCCCACACUGCAGUGGAAGGAGAGAAAAAACAACCAGGGUCUCUGCCAAUGAAAUUCCUUCCUGACCCCCCCCUCCAAACAAACAGUGAAAAAUGUGUACAAAAUAUUUUACUAUUUUUAAAUCAGCUCCAGAGCUCAGUGCCCUUAGUCAAUGUUAUGUGUUUUAAGGACCUUGCAGGAUCAGACACCUAGGCUCCGGUCUCAUUGAGCAAAACACUCAAACACAUGCUUAACUUGAGGUGGGCAUUUUGCUUUGCAAUGCUAGUUAAGCUCAUGGCUGAGUACUUUCCUGGAUAGGAGCUGUAGAGCAGGAAUUUAAUCAUUGCAAAAUGAAUCUUUUAAAAAAAAAAGAAGAAGAAGAAGGAAGACUGAUAAAAUAAGGUACUGCUGAAUGUUUGCUGGUUACUACAUGCUGUAGAAAAUCCAGCCUACCUAAUGGUGCUAAGGUGUUAAUUUUUCUUUUAAAAGCUCUUUUAAAUUGUCAAACUCAGAAACAAAUCAGCCGGAGCGGAGAUCUGAAGGCUACGUUUCCAAUAUAAACAUUCAUACUGCUUUUGACAACACCAUAUAUUGAAAGACAAAUUUUCCUGAGUUCUUUCUGCUGCCCAGAAAACAAAUGGUUUUAAGGCAACAUUGUAAAAGCUCAGUAGGAAACUGGUAAUGUUAGCUUUUAAAUAACACAUCAUAUGUGUGUUUAGUCUCAUUUUAAGGCUUGUCUGGUGCUACAAUAAACUGUUCAUGUGAAGUUAUAUGCUCACAGUGCUCGCGAGCUGCCAGGGUCUCAGCUGGUGUCAAUCGGUGCCUUCAAUGGAGCCGCUCUGACCUCCACAACGUGAGAAUCUGGCCCAAUGACUCAUUCAAUACUAUCACUCCUGUUUUGUGCUGCUUGUCAUUCGAAACGUAGGGUCUCCUACUUUGGUGCUCAAUAAAAACAAAUCCUGUAUAUUUUUCAACUCU